AUGGGCGAGGUGGCUCUUCCGACCCGAUCGAACCUUGCCCGUAUCUCAAAAUCGACCGAUGCAGCCCUCUCGCAGCAGCUGGAGGAAUGGAAUCUCGCCCUUUGCGACAAAGUCGAAGACUUGGUCACUGGUGAUGGCAUUUCAGGUCUACAGCCUGAGAAGGCCGCUGAUCCUGUUAUGCACGCCCAGAUAAGAGCCGGACUACAACAAUCUUGUGACGUCGGUCCACGGUCUGACCGAACUACGACAGAUAUUCGGCUUGCGAUAGCCAGUGAGAUGUUCGACUACAACCUGAGUGCCCAUGGGACGACUGGAAUUACUAUAACGUCACUACUCUUUGAACUGUCACGCAAUCCAAACAUCCAAGAGAAGUUGCGCCAGCAACUUUGGAUCUUUGUGCCUCCAGAGGUCACUCCUUUGAGUCCUCCUGACCUUGGGAAUCUUGACGGCUGUUCUUCUCUCAAUGCCUUCGUUCUCGCGACCCUCAGAGUUUGGCCUCUAUGGCUCGAUAAUCUGGAUCCUCGAGCGGAUGUUUUUGCCGUCUAUGAUGGCCUUUGGUGCAAAGUCCCGACCAGUGUCACGGUAGAAUUGCGCAAUGUGCGCCAAGGUCACUCCUUACUACGGGAUCUGGGACAAGUUCUACUCCAUCUCCAGCACCCUGAUCUCGGCGAGCUUAGUGCCACCGUCGGCAUCUACGGCAUAGCCAAACACCUUCACGCGCGGCGCACCGUCUCGCCCCUUAUUACCCAGCACCUCCUGUACUGUGAGCAUGCCGCUGACCCCGAGGCGGGCGGCAAGAGUCUCGCAGGCGUCCUCGACAAGACCCCCGAGUUCCCUACCACCGGUCGCCCGUCUUCUCCUAGCGUGGAGACGACGACGGCGGUGCGCUUCGUGUACCCUAUACCCCCGACGCGCUUCACGAGACUCUUGACAGCCACACACAGCCAAGCAUCGGUGUCCUCGGUCUGA